UCUCCGUGUGCACAAGCGAUGCACAAGCGUGAGAGUAACAAGAAUGCGUGGUGUCAUAAAACAUGUCUAGAAUGGCGAUGUUAAAUAAUACAAGUUUAUCUGUGCGCGUCAAAAGAAGACUCUUUCAUGACGAUGAUGAAGAUAAAACUCCCUCCUCUAAAUUGUUAGAUGAAGCUGUUGAGAAGUCGAUUGAAGAUAAUAUAAAAUUAGAAAUUGAUGCUUCUACGGAACAAAUUCAAGAUGUGAAAGUACAACGUGUCUUAGUAAUCACCCCUUUUCAAGAUGGCGACGAUAUCCAACAACUUAGUGCGCAGGCCACAAUUGUCAACAUGAAUGUGUUGUACUGCUUACCAGAGAAUUCGUUUCGACAGUGUGAUCAAACAGCUUAUAAAAUCAUCUUCACUGAUGUCGACUUGUCUCAAAGCAAUGAAAUGUUAAGAAUUAUUGUGUCCAUAAAAAAAACAAGUGCGUACAAUAAGACAACACCGGUAAUUGCAAUUCGUCAGACACAUCACAGCUCAGCCAAUGACCUAAGCUACUAUGGUGUCGCUCAUGUGCAUCGGGGUACGCUUAAUCAGGAAACAAUUAAAGAGUUUUUUGCUACAUUCGGCGAUACACGUGAAAAAAAGACUGAAGCUACUUCUGAACUUACCACUUCUGACUCGAUGCACCCCAUUAAUUGCAAUGCCAAUGUUAUUUCUCAUACCGAAGACGUCAAAACAUUUGAGACUAUUUUAUCAGCAGAAGACGUUGUGUCAACAAACACGAGAACACAGUCCACCGACUGUAUGUCCCCGGUCUAUCUGUCUAAAGAAUACAACACUAGAAACAACAUAAAAGUCCAGCGACCUGUGUUACCCAAGAGUACUUUCAACAUGCCCUACGUCCAUCCAACGCAAGUGCGACCGUCGGUUAUGAGACGCUAUGCUUUUGUACCGCCGAAUACGCUUACUUAUCCAUAUAUGGUGAGCGAUACGCCAGGAAGUAGUGGUAUGAAGAUUACUCUUGUACCUGAUGACAUCACCAAACAUAGUACGAAAGAACGCAUGCGCAGAGAGAGAAUCAAAGAAUGUUGUGAGCACUUGAGAAUGCUGUUACCCAGGACUGGAAAUAAAAGAAUCGACAUGGCAACUGUUUUAGAACUAUCCGUCCUGUACAUCAAAGUGCUUCUGUCGCACACCCCAGCAAAUAUUCUACAACAGAGCGUGGAGGCUUUUCAAUCUCACUUCCGUUUGUUCAGCGAGAAGAAACGAUUAAAUGAAUCAUGUCAACAUGAACAAAAUAAAAAGAACAGCAAGAAGUUGCGGAGUAAUGACAAGCGAACUAAUAGCACAUUCUCAAAAACCGAUUUCAAUUCGUCUUCCCAAAAUCUUGGCUCGACCAAUAGUGGAAACAACCCUUUAGUGCAAUCAUUUCCAAACUACCGAUACCAAGAUCACUUAGGUAACACUACUGGCUCUUACGCACGUGCACCACAAUCUCAUUAUCAAGCAAUGGAGUAUCUAAACAUGGCAACUGCAAAGAACUGCGAGAAUUUGACAACGCUUUAUCAGGGGCAUAUAAGUCAUCAAUCACGUGCGAGUUUUCAAAAAGAUGUGUGUAAUGAAGCUGCACUACCAGUUGAGUUUACUCAUCAGCACACGUCUUAUUACAAUCAUUAUUCUCAAUAGGAGCAUCUAAAAAGUACAACACUUGACAUUGUGGUUCCCAGUUACUGUUGUUGUUGUUUUUAUGGGCGAGUAUUUAAAAGGACAGACUGGUGUGUGUUUAACGUAUAUGUGGUGUGAGUGGAAUGUAUUGUGUUCCGCCACAAUAGUGAAGUUAACUUGCAUUACUUCAUUAGUUCGCCAACACUUUUCUAUAAGCAAACUAUUUCAUCAUGUACCAGGUUGUGAUGGUGCGGUUCAUGACAACCAAGCGCCUAGCAAGUCGCAAACAAACUUUAAUGUCAGUGUAGUAUUACUGCUUAGAGAAAGGAGAGACGCAAGUGUACGCUAAACAUCAAAUUCGCCCUUAAACCCUAACCCUCUCACUUUCCUUACCUUCUCUCCACCUGAAAAGGCCAAGGACAAAUGUUAUGAUGGCGAACGCAACUUUUAUUGGUAAAACAAUUCAUGCAAAUCCUUUUACAAACGUUGAAAUUAAACACUGAAUUUAUUUCACAUGUAUUUAAAUGUUCAACAUUUUAAAAUUCGCCAUUUAGAAUCCUCUCCUUAAAAAUAUUAGUUUAACGUUCAGCUCUUAACUUAUAAAUUGUGAGAAACUUUUUAAAAGAUCUUCUUUUCUCAUAUUUAUUAUUGUUGUUGUUACGAUUUUAUAACUACUAUAUUUAAUAUUCUAUUUAUAAAUAUAUAUUGUAUUUAUAUUAUUUCCACUUGAGUUACAAAGAAACAUGUUCAUUCUGAGAUUUGUCAUUGUGUUCAAACGUAAAAAGUUACCAUACA